AUGAGCACCAUAAAUGAGUAUUAAAGCAACAAUAAAGAGAUAUAUGAGGAAUUAAGAAGAAAUAGAUCAAACUUGAAGGAUCAAGUAGAAUUAGUAGCUUCUCUCUAUGAUUAAAUUUAAGAAGUUCAUAACAGCAAUAUCAAAUAAUCGAUUGAUAAUAUUGGCAAGAAUGAUAUUUGCUUUCUGAAGUCUUUCACGAAACCUCCUAUAACUCUGCUAAAAUCAAUGGAAGUAGUACUUAUACUUCUGGAUUAGAUAAAAAAUCCUGACAAUCCUUGGCUUGAUAUUAAAAUCAUGGUAAAUGAUAUAAAUUUCUACCAAAAAUUAAUUAACAUCGAUGUUGCGAAUUUGACCAUUGAAAAGGUAGAUCAAGUAACGAAUAUUCUUCAAAAUGAAUUACUAACAAAAGAUAAACUUGCUUUGAUAUCUAUCAACUUACCUAUGCUUAUGGUGUAAUGGGCAGAAUCUGUGAUCUAUUCAUUCAAAGUAUAAAAUGAGCAGAACUUGAUUCUUAAUAAUCAUUUAAAGGCAGAUUAGGACCUUUCAAGAUUAAUCGAAAUUUAAGAUAAGCAAUUUUUAGAUGAUUGA